AUGAUAAAGUCGAGGCUGCGGGAAACAAUGUUAGAUGUGCUGGGGGCUGCUAAGCCGUGCCUUCGUCGGAUCCUCGAGCAGGUGGUAAAAUCGAUCGCCUCAAACAAAGCCCAGACAGCAUGGGGAGUCGCCACAGCUGCACUGCUGUACCUGAACCUGAAGAGGAUCCCGUUUGUUUGGCAUUUUCGUGUGUUCAGCCACAUUUGGUGGCCCAAGAAUGGCCUCUUCGAGCACAAACCUGGCGCAAUCUUCCAGCCGGUAGUCACACCUUCUCGCGUUGCUCUGCUGGAAACCGACUACAACUUGCACAAGUCAAACAGCACCUACUUCUCUGAUCUUGAUGUUGCUAGGACGGACCUUCUCGCUGCCCUGAGAGCUCAAGCAAUUGAUGGCGAUCUAUACAAGGAGUACAAGAAAGGUGUUCAAAUUCUGCUCGCAGGCACCUCCUGUACCUUCAAGAAGGAAAUCAAACCUGGUGCCGCCUUUGACAUGCAAAGCAGAGUCCUCACCUGGGAUAAGAAGUGGCUGUACAUUGUUACCCACUUUGUCGAGAAGCAGAAGGAGGGCAAGUCGCCCACCUACAAGCCGUGGAGGAAAGCAGGUAAGGGCAAAGACGCCCAGACAUCGCCUCUUGUCUACGCGACGGCGAUCUCGAAAUGCGUCGUCAAAGCCGGUCGUCUCACUGUGCCACCGCAGAAGUUCUUCCAGGCGGCAGGUGUUCUUCCUUCGGAGGACCAACCUGAAGGGUCCAUUGCAGACGUCACACCAGAGGCAAAUGACUUCGGAGGGUGGACUUGGGCAAAGGUUGAGGAAGAGCGUCUGGAAGCAUUAAAAAUUGCUGAUGGUUUCGCCAGUGGUUUAGAUGCGGCGCAUGAGAAAGCCAAUUUGUUGGUUUAG